AUGACGGAAUUCACUUCAAGCUAUGGAUUGACAGAGGCAUCGCCGACAUGCUUCAAUGCGUUCACCGAUGAUCCGGUCAAUGUCCGUCUCACUACCGUCGGGUCACUCAUGCCGCAUGCACACGCAAAGAUCGUCGACAUAGACGGGAACAUUGUGCCGGUUGGAACGCGAGGAGAGCUCUGCAUGGCCGGAUACCAAUUGCAGGCGGGAUAUUGGGACAACUCGGAGAAGACAGCCGAGGUCAUGUCCCGGGACGAAAGUGGGAUCCUCUGGCUGCGGACUGGGGACGAAGCGGUCUUUGACGAGCGUGGUUACUGCACGAUCACGGGCCGCUUCAAGGAUAUCAUCAUCAGAGGAGGAGAAAACAUCUACCCCCUCGAAAUCGAAGAGCGUCUGAUGGAGCACCCUGCUAUCACGCUGGCAGUGGUGACAGGCGUCAAGGAUGCACAUUACGGAGAGGUGGUGGCCGCAUUCCUAGACACCAACGGUGACAGCCGGCCGGGCCAGACCGAGAUCAAGGACUGGGUGACAAGGAGGCUCGGCAAGCACAAGGCGCCGACUCACGUCUUCUGGCUGGGGGAGAGCGGGGUGCCCAAGAACGUGCCGCUGACGGGGAGCGGCAAGGUCAGGAAAUUCGAGCUGGCCAAGGUCGGCUACGAGAUUCUGCAGGGCCGGAAGAUGUCGAAACUCUAG